AUCCGGGAAAAUAUUUACAUGUUUCUAGGCAGGCACAUUUAUCUAAAAAUGACCUGGUUUAUUGAUGAUGGUAAUGUAUGGUAGUACAGCAUGUCAAUAAGGAUUGAAGACACAAUAUCUGUACAUACUCCACUUGGGGAGUAUCAGAUUCAGUUAUGUUAUGGGGACAUCUCAAAGCAGGAGGAAAAAAUGGAUAUUGUUAUGGUAUCAGCAUUCCCAGGUGACUAUGCUGCAGUUGGCGGAACCCUUAUUGGUGCUUUGAAGAGGAAUUUAGGCAUUAAUGUACUCAAUCUAUCUAGGGAUAAACUUAUGGAUUUACGAACACAUUUUUCAUGUUGGAUGUCCAAAGACUUGGAUUCUAACUUACCAUUUAAAAAACUUCUUUGCUUUGAAAGAUCUAGAGCUAAAGGUUGCAUAAUUGAACAAAUGAGAGAUAUGUUCAGAGCCCUGGUUCCUGCUUGUGGCAGCCAGGAGACAACUCUGAUAACAUCUUUACUUGGAACUGGAAACCAGGGAUUUUCAGAAUCUAAAGUUCUAAGUUGUAUGGUAGAAGCAGCAGCUAACUGGAUGCAAGCUGGUUUACCCUUGAAAUGCAUUAAAAUUGUCAUUUAUGAUGAUAAUGAUUCCAAUUUGAAUAACUUAUUCUCCUCAAUGAAGAAGAAAAUAACAUCAAAGACUGGAAAAAAGGUAGGUGGUAAAGAACUCACUUAUGACAUUUACAUCACAUAUGAACAAAGAGACCAAAAUUGGGUUUCUAUGGUUACAAAAGCACUGCAUGCUAAAGAUAAAGAUCUAAAACUGUAUACUGAUGUCCAGAAGUUUGAUGAAGAGAAGAUUUGGCAGGACAACGUCUUCAAAACUAUGUCCUGCAGUAAAAAAGUAAUUGCAAUACUGACACCAUCAUUUGUCGAUAGUAAAGACUGUCUUGACCAGUUCAACAUGGCCAUGUGUUGUAACAGAUUAAAGAAUUCACAAGUUUUGUUUCCAUUUCUGUUAUCAUCAGUAGAAUCUAUGCCAGUUUAUAUGCAAAUAGUCCAGUAUUUUGACUGUAGAAUAAGAAAAGAAGGAGAUGUUAUUGACAUGAAGAUAGAUACAGCUUGUUCACUUGUGAUGAAUCCUACCUCAUCUAAACCUGUAAAUCCACAGGAUGCUAUUGAAGAUAUAGAAAAAUUCAAGUAUGAUGUGUUCAUCUCAUAUUCACACAGACAGCCUAAACAAGCUGAAAAAUUACUUCACGACAUGACUGUGGCUAAUUCUGAUCUUAAGAUAUUUUUUGAUAGAAGUGAACUUACUAUGGGAAAUAUGUGGCAGACCUCUUUGUAUGAGUCAUUAGACAAUGCUGAAUGUAUCAUAGCUUUGAUAUCCCCAGCAUAUUUUUCUUCUACUGUCUGUCAAGAGGAGUACAAUAUAGCUCUGGCAAGACAUCUAGCUUAUCCAUCAGGGGUGCUUUUUAUACCUGUUUUGGUGGAGCCAAUGGAAACCAUACCAAGUCAUUUCAGUAGAAUACCUAUUAUUGACGGUGUUGGUGGUAAAUUUGAAAAAGUUGUCAUUUCCUUGAUAAAAGAUAUUUCUGCAUGGUGUUCAAAGCAAACAAAAAUACCAUAUGUACAAAACCCAGUGGAUCGUUACAGUUUUCAAAGUAUUGAAGAUGACAGGAAGAUAACUAUUCAAAACCAGUACAACUUAGAUUUAAGAAUGAAAACUUUAGUACCUUUGGAAAAGUUAGGUACUAUUAUACCAUCUCCUAAGGGGAAAAUAGAUGUUGCAAUUAGUUUUGCAAGAGACACAAUUGCCUAUGCUGGUACUUUAAACGACAUUUUUGGGAAAGAAAAUGACCAGCUACAAAUUUCCUUUCUAAAUGAAAAUACUCAGGGUAACCUGAAAGAUUUAGAUUCAGCUAAACAAAUUAUUAUAAUCUUGUCAAAGGAAUAUAUUCAGUCUACUCAUCAUAUGCAAGAACUACAUUUGGCCUUAUGUAGACAAAGAGAGUCUAAGAACAAAGUGGUGGUCAGAAUCUUGGCAGAAGAGAAUCUACCUGAGAAGCCUAUGUUUAUACAUUUGUUACCAUUUGAUACAGUUGUAACCGACAAGUUAUGGAAAAGAUAUCACAAGAUAUCAGUGAAUGAUUGUGACAUGAAACACAAAACAGUGAUGUCACAUAAGCAAGGCAUGAUGGGAUCAUUUAUGAUUCCAUUUGGGACAUUUUAUGCCUUACAAAAAACAGCAUUUGAGGUGAUAAAAAGCCUUAGAAGUCCAAAAAAGGAAAGUGUACAUGUACCACCUAUUAUUUGUAACAUGGUCGAAGCUAAAUUAAAGGAUAACAAGUAUCCUCCUACUGUAAAGGUGUCAGAGUGUUUGAUAGACAUAUUUUCCAACAACCAGAAAAUACAGAUUCCACCUGUUAAAGAAAAAGAAAGUACAGCAAAACCUGAUGACACACCUGAUUCUCCAAAUGCAAAAUCCAUGCCAAAUACCGGUAUUGUUAAAAAUACAGAUCAAAACAGCCCCAAAAAGUCAACUGUUGUAAAGUGGGCUGAUGAAGAAAGCCCAAAUCCUCAGAAAACAGCUGAAAUACAGAUUCCCCCUGUGAAAGAAAAGGAAAGUACAGCAAAGUCAUCUGAUGACACACCUGUUGUAAAGUGGGCUGAUAAGGAAAACACAAAGCAUUUAAAAACAGCAGAAAUACAGGCUGCUAUGAUUAGAACUUUAGAGAAAGAAAUGGAUGAAAAGGACCAUAAAACAGUCACCAAGUCUAGUUCAUGUAGUUUAUUAUAGUUCAUGGUUUGAAGGAACUAAGUCAGCUAAUCAAAUAUCUUUUUAAAAUUUAUUAAUGGGGAAAUGUUAUAUUAAAAUAUAAAGUGAAAAAUUAAGGGAUUAUGAAGCUAAAACUUUUAAUACACUGUCUAGGAAAAAAAUUAGACGUUAAACAAAAUAUUAAGGAAAAGAUGAAAAUGUGAGAAGCAAAUGUCCUUAAAAAUAUUUUUAUUUUAUGUGGAGUACCCUAAGUGCACCUGAUAACUAAAUACAACUAUCAUUGGGGCUCUCAAUUUUGUGUGCAUCAAUACAUAGUGUUACUGUCCAUAAUAUUAACAAAUUUGUUGAAAAUCAACACUAAGGUCCACAAUUAAAAUAUCAACAGAAACAGAAACAGACAACAGCAACUUUUGAUUAGGUUCCUCACUACUGACAAUCUUAUUUAUUUAUUUUAUUAAAAGAGGUGAUGGUCAUUUUGACCUCAUGAUAUAAUAUAUUCUUGAAGUAGUCUGGGUUCAUAGCCAGUACUUGUUCAUUCAAAGUGUUAUUGUAAAUUAUGCACAUCAACUUUCAAUAAAAUAAAACUUUCACCCAUCUAGUGUGCAUCAUAUUUAAGCUAGUAUGCCAGUUCAAUGAUUGCGAAUUAUUGACUACUUUGAUUUAGAUCCAUGUUAACAUGAAAAAAAUGAAUGAAAAAGUUCUUUUUUCCAUUGCUAUUUCAUUCUAAUUUCAAGAUUAAUUAAAUUCAAAAUACGGUAAGAAGUUUAAAUAAUCAAUGGAUAGCUGGAACGAAGAAUGCAAGAUUUUACUAAAGUGCUUUUUCUCUUUUGUUCCAGUUAUGUAUGUUCCUCUGGCAGUUACAGCUGUGUACAAAAUGUAUGUAAAUUAACUUUGGAUAUUGUAAAUCAUGUGAUAUUAUUUUGGGCAAAUUCAAAAGCAAAAUGACAAUAAAUUAUAACAAUCACCCGGUACCAGAAUAAUGAGUGAAGACUUACAAUCAGUCCAGACAUAUUUCUGAAACAAGAAAAGGAAGGAUGUUGAGUUUGCACAUCAACAUUUGAAAAUGUUUUUUUUAUCUUGCCUACAACGAUUGUGGGACUGCAGUCUGUUGUCAUGGUCAUCGUUUAUGUUUGGUACAAGUGUUGACAGAGUCUUAAUCUUUGAUUUAAUAAUUAGUUUUAUUGUCUUGCCUUGACGGAGUCAAAUAUAUGCCGAUUCCGGUAGCGGCGGCGUCAAAAAUGGCGUCAACAAUGUAUUAGUUUGUGAUUAGGUCCAGUUUAUGGUGAACCACUAGUGGUAUGCCAAUGAUAUUUGGUAUGCAGGUGUAUUAGCAUUGGAACAUCUCAUUUCCAUGGAGAUUAUUUGGACCUGGCCCCUCAGUCAUGGUCUAUUGACUUUGAAACUUUUGCUUUGUUUACAUGUAUUAGUUUGUGAUUAGGUCAGUUUAUGGGGAACUACUAGUGGUAGGUCAAUGGUACUGUAAAUUCAGAAAUUAUUGCGAUGUUUUUGUUAUUGUGAAAAAUGCGACAGGGUUAUUAUCGCAAUAAUUUAAACUCGCAUUUUGAAAUUUUUUAUAUAAAUUAAACAGGAUUUUUCUCAAUAUCGCAAAAAUUAAAAUCGCAUUUUAGUCUAAAAUGACAAAAUCGCAAUAAUAAAUUUACAGUAUUUGGUAUCCAGUUGUAUAAGCAUUGGCAAAUCUCAUUUCCUUCGAGAUUAUUAGGCUCAACCCCUAAGUCAUGGUCUAUUGACUUUGAAACUUUUGCUUGGUUUACAUGUGUUAGUUUGUUAUUAGAUCUGUUAAAGAUGAACCACUAAUGAUAAGUCAAUGAUAUUUGGUAUGCGAAUGUAUUGGCAUUUGCAAGUCUCAUUUCCAUGGAUAAUAUAUUUCCCCCUCAUCAUUGGUUCAAUCAACUUUUACAUAGUUUACAAGUUAAUGUUUGUGUUUAGGUUUGUUUAAAAGGGAACGACUUAUGAUAAGUCAAUGGUAUUUGAUAUGCAGUUGUAUUAGCAUUGGCACACCUCAUUUCCAUGGAGAUUGUUUAGCCAUGCACCUUCAGUCAUGGUUCAUUGACUUUGAAUAUUUGCAUAACUUACAUGUUAAAGUAUUGCUAUUUUAAUUUCAACAUUUGCAUUAUCAAAAUAAUAUAAAGGCAAGACAUAUCUCUGUGUUAACAGUUUAUUAAAUUACUUUCCAUAUAUAUUAAUCUGUAAAAUGAACUAAGAUUAGUUUAUUUGACACACAUUUUCCUUUCCAUUUGUAUAUUAUUUGUACACACCAAAUUACCUCAUUUGAAUACAUCAUGCUUGUUGGGUUAUUAAGUUUUACAUAUUUAAAGUGCCUUAACUUUAUUAUAUCAUACUUUUAACAAAUGUUAAAUCUACUAUUAAAAAAGUAAUUUACGGAAUAGAAACAUGGAAAAUUGUUUGCUUUAAAAACCACACUGUAGUUUUUUUCUUCAAAAAAUGGUUGCCUUUUUCAUUGCUUAAAUGACAAUUUUAUCCAAACUCAGACUUAAUUACCCCUUAAAUGACAAUUUUAACCAAACUCAGACCUAAUUACCCCUUAAAUGACAAUUUUAACCAAACUCAGACUUAAUUACCACUUAAAUGACAAUUUUAACCAAACUCAGACUUAAUUACCACUUAAAUGACAAUUUUAACCAAACUCAGACCUAAUUGCCCCUUAAGUAAAUGACAAUUUUUACCAAUUAUUUGCAUUCUUGUUCAGAUCUUGAAACUUCAGAAUGAAUUCAAACCAAACUUCAGAUGCACCAAAUUUAUAAAGCAUUAUUUUCAUUUGACUUGAAUGAUCUUAAUUGUGUCUAGAUUUCAGUUUAUGAAUUAUUUCAUCUUCUAUCAACCAACAUGGCCACCAUGACUUAUAAUAGAACUUAGAAGUAAAAUGCAAAUGAUUGUCUCAUAUCUUCAAAACUGCUGUUUUUAGGGAAAAUCUGACUGGGACUGAAAAUGCUUGGUAAAGUUCAAAUCUGUAAAAUUGUAGGUCAAUUCCUAAAUGGAAAUAUUGUUGU